AUGUCGAAACGCACAGCCAAGGUCGGUAUCACCGGAAAGUACGGAACCCGUUACGGUUCUUCCCUGCGUCGUCAGGUCAAGAAGAUCGAAAUCUCGCAGCACUCGCGGUACACUUGCACCUUCUGCGGCAAGGACACCGUCAAGAGAAAGGCUGUUGGCAUCUGGGAGUGCCGGGCUUGCAAGAAAGUCAUUGCUGGUGGCGCAUGGACCCUGAGCACUACUGCGGCGGCGACUGUCAGGAGCACGAUCCGUCGUCUCCGUGAGCUCACUGAGGCUUGA